AUGGCUCCGCACCCCGUCAAGACCAGAAAGUUGUGUAUGAACAUAAAUGCGCGGAUUUCCACGAAUCGAUCUUUGCCUUUCGAAUUGCAGCACGUGAAAGGAGAUUAUGAUUCCUAUUAUUACUUUCCAGAUCCAGGUCUGAUUACUUUUGCUAACGCGGAGAGGCAGAAGAUCUACUUGCGACAACUCAAUCAUGUUUUGGAUUCCCUUAUAUAUCGCGCAUCAUCGGUCAACUCUGAUGCACUCCCAGUACAUCCCCAGAAGUGGCGCAAUCUUUUGGAGGCGGAAGAUUUACUCAGCUCCUGCCUACGAGCUCGGACCGUCGCUAUAAAUUUGAUCCCACCAACUCCACAGAACGAUGAGCCAUUUGAUUGUCGGCGGGGUCGGGAACUGGUAUGGCACCUUUCCGAGCUUAACUUCCGUGGACAGCUCUUAGUGCUUGACAGGCGACAUGCUCAAGCACCGCUUCUAAAAGGCGAUGAAGACAUCACUGCCAUGACCACUAGUUUUCGGAUGGAGCGUGAGCAAGCGGUCCUCAGAGUCUUUCCAGAACAAUCGCUGACAUUCAUAGAUGUUACUGUUGUUAGUGAGGGAUUGUCCUCCCAUGAUUGGGAGGUACGCUCAAUUCAUCUUGAAGCACUGCAGGAUGUCAUGCAAAAGUGGAAUGUACCCUUGCCAGGAAGUUGUUUUGGACUUCUGGUUGGAACCGAAUGGAAUGAAGUAGGAUGCAAGAAGAUUCUAGCUGCCCAUUAUGCACAAACUUUCUAUGCAUCCGAACUGGAUCCACCACCUGUCCUGUUCUCGCCUUAUCUUACAUUAGAUGAGCUACAGCAUCAGGAAAGCGAGGCUUAUUAUCCAGACGGAGGAUUGUGA